AUGGCGCCAGCAGUACAACAUGGGUCUGAAAGCAGCACUGUGCCAUCAAUAGAAGAUGAUAACGACAUUGUUGAGGUAGGAGCUACGCGGUCUAAAAGCAAAAGCCACGAACUCUCGCCUCCAGCGGGCCGUGUAUCUAAACGGCGGCGCGUCGCGGAGCGCAAGCAGGAGACGUCUCCGGCACAUGUCGAAUUGGACUCUGUCGAAGUCAAAAUGGAGCCCGAUACGGUUGAGCCAGCGAAGCAAGAAGCAGUGAAGAGCGAGUGUAACGAGCCCCCGCGGCGCGAAAAGCCAGCCGUGAUAGAGGAACGCACGGGCUUGAUCGAGUUCCGCGUGGUAACGAACGAUGCGAAGCCAGAAUCGAUGGUAAUUUUGACGGGCUUGAAAAACAUUUUUAUGCGGCAGCUGCCAAAAAUGCCGCGCGAAUAUAUCACGCGGCUCGUGCUGGACAAAAACCACUGGAGUAUGGCAAUCGUCAAGCGCGGGCUCCAAGUUGUAGGAGGCAUUACCUACCGGCCAUUUCCACACCGUGAGUUUGCCGAGAUUGUAUUUUGUGCAAUAGCGAGCACAGAGCAGGUGAAAGGCUACGGCUCGCACCUGAUGAACCACUUGAAAGACCACGUCAAGGACGCGUCACCGGUGAAGUACUUUCUCACGUAUGCAGAUAACUAUGCCAUUGGUUACUUCAAGAAACAGGGAUUUACGAAGGAAAUUACGCUCUCACGAUCCGUUUGGGUUGGUUACAUCAAGGACUACGAGGGCGGCACGCUAAUGCAGUGCUCCAUGGUCCCCCGCAUCCGGUACCUGCAAGUACAAGAAUUCCUUGCGGACCAGAAACGCCUGAUCCAGGCGCGCAUCCGGAGCUUUUCGCACUCCCACGUCGUAUACCCCGGUUUGGACGCGUUCAAGGAACGUGAUGAAAAAGAACCGAACACACUAAACUCUGGAAAAUUGGAGCUCACCGUACAGCCCAGCGAGGUGCCGGGCUUGCGUGAGACAGGAUGGACGCCAGCAAUGGACGAGCUGAAUCGCCGCUCGCAACGCGGCCCGCACUUUACGGCGAUGCGGCACAUCCUUGUGGAGCUCAAUGGUCACGCCAGUUCGUGGCCAUUUGUCGCGCCCGUGAAUGCUAACGAUGUGCCCGACUACUAUACGGUCAUUACAAAUCCGAUGGAUCUUUCCACGAUGGAGGCCAAGCUCGAGAACAACCAGUAUCAAACGGUCGACGAUAUGGUCGCCGACGCUCAACUUGUUUUUGACAAUUGUAAGUUGUAUAAUCCUGCAUCCUCCCCCUACGCAAAGUCUGCCGUGAAAUUGGAGAAAUUCAUGUACGAGCGCUUGCCCCAAUGGAAACAGGCUGCAGGCAUCGCGUCAUAG